UCCACAGCCACACAAGAAGACAGAGCGCGUUCGCCUGCUCUUGCUCGCUCGCUCGCCUUCAUCUUUGUGUGGACGUGCUGCAGCUGCACGCUUCAUCACUCAUCGAACAGCUGCUGUUCGGCAGAGCAAGGAAGCACGCCUUGUUCUCCUUGUUUGCAGUGUUGACACAGACGCUGCCGCUGCCGUCGCACACACAUCGACACAUCGACACAUGCGCGCGCACACACACACACACGUACACCUUGAUUGACUGCGCCCUUUUUCGAUUUCGCACGCUCUCUCUAUCGCACGGGCUCGCUGGUCGACAGCCGACAAGCAUAAGCGCGCCUCACACGCUGCCCCUUCCUCGACAACAAUGCCAAGCCAUCAUGGCGUAGACCCACCCCAACACCAAGAUGAGCACCAGCAACACCGUGAUCCCUUCCAUAUCACAAACCCUUUCUUAAGCAGUAGCAGCACCAGGCACCGAUCAGGGCCGGCAACACGGCCUAUGCAGCCGCCUGCACAGGCAAGCCCGUUCCCAUCGCUGGCUUCUUCAUCUUCGGCGACCACAGCACCGCCAACACCGGCACCAGCGACACCAGCAGCCAUGUCGACAGGGCCAUCACCCAGCCCACAUGCCGUGGAGGGCAGAUCAGCAUCAGCGCCGGGUUCGCGCCCUUCCAGCACCCUCUCCCGCACACCGAGCCGUGAACCACUCACCAUCGUCAAUACCUCUGCAGACACCCGCUGGCAGCCACAACCGCGUCCCUGUCGACCGCGGGGCCGGCCCUCCCACAAUGCCGACGCCACCGCUGCCGCCACCGACGCCACCGCCGACAGCACUGCUGAUGGCGCAAACAGUACCAGGGGCAGCGGUGACGGCGCGCGUGGUGAUGGUGCGCAUAAUGGCGUGAGGGCCCCGCGAUUUCGCCGCUCUGCUGGGGGUGUGGAGAACACAGAUCCAGACCUGUGGGGCAUCCUACUCGAACAGCAGCAGCAACAGCAGCAUCGACGGCGCCGACGCACAGCGAGUGUGGGCGGUGGUGGUGACGCUGGUGACGUGUUCAGCUUUGACACCUCUGCAGCCCCUUCUUCAUCGUCGCUCGUAUCCACCGCACGCUCUGCUUCUGCCUUGUCAAUGGUACCCCCUGCAUCUACAGCAACGUCCACAACAUCAGCAGUGCCACCUUCAUCCUGGCCCCAACAACAACAGCCGCAACAGCACAAUGUGGCGUCAUCAUCAUCAUCAUCAGCAGCAGCAGCACUGUCAUCAUCGUCAUCAUCAUCAUCAUCAUCGUCAUCAUCAUCAGCAGCACUGUCAUCAUCAUCAUCAUCAUCCACUGUGUCGACAAGCGGGCGGGGCUGGAAGCUGUCGUUUCCCCGCGGGCUUCGCGGCGGCGGCGGCGGCCCACCCCGGUCCCCUCCUCGUUCUCGGGCGCGAUUGAGCACGUCGGCAGCACGUGGCGGGGAUGAUGUACGGGCCAACACCACGCAGACCGCGGCAACAGCAGCAACAACAGCGAACGGAGGACGGAAAAGACGAAGCAAAAAGAGUGGAGACGUCGGCGACCCAAUUCUACUCAUGGACGAUUGUGAUGACGAGAACGACGACAGUCGCGAGAACAACAACGGUCAUAUUGGCGGCAGUAGUGACAACGAUGGUGCCAGAGGCGACAGCAGCGGUGACAGUGGCCCGAGCGAUACUGGUCGAGUUAUUUCUAUUGAUGAUGCAGGCGGCGAUGGGAGCGGUGAUGUUGUUGAGAUUGUGGACAGCAGUGGCAGCGCGCCCUCAACACAGCUGACAGACAGCACGGAUUCGAACGAGUCUCGGGCGGACAAGGAAAACAUCGCGGCAAGGGCCGCUAGGAUGGCAAUGGAAGAAGAGGAAGAAGCAGAAGAAGAGGAAGAGGAAGAGGAAGAGGAAGAAGAGGAAGCUAUCCCGGCUGCCAUCCCCAUCACCUCAUUCAUGUGCAGCAGCCUCGAUGAGUACAAGUUUUCCCGCGGAAACAGAACAGCAAAAGGAAGCAGCGCCUCCAGCAGUCAGCUGCGGCGCUCGGGAAUAAUCGAACCAUCCUCCUCCUCCUCAGCAUCAUCAUCAUCAGCAGCAGCAGCAGCAACAACAACAGCCGCAGCAGUACCGUCAUCAUCAUCGUCAUCGUCGUCGUCACGCGGCCCUGCACCGAAGAAGCCAAAGCAGCAGUCGCUCAUGUCCGGAUUUCGACGCCCAGCGCACACGAGCAGCAGCAGCAGCAGCAGCAGCAGCAGCAGCAACAGCAGCAGCAGCAACAGCAGCAGCAGCAACAGGGCUGGUGGCAGCACGUUGGGGACGGAGAGCGUGUGGGACGUCAUGACGCAGUCAUCGCCACAGCGUGAUGCAAGACGGCGGAAUGCGGAGGACGGGAGGCGGAAGCGUGAGGGCCAUGGAGGGUCACCGCUGAUCCGGGCAACAGAAUCUGCACGGUCCCAGCUGGAGGCGAUGGACGAGUUGGAUGCGCUUGGUAUGGCACGGGGUCGUCGUGCGCUCCGUGAGAGGGAGGGGGAUAUGCAGACGACCAGCAGUAGCAGCAGCAGCAGCAGCAGCAGCAGCAGUAGCAGUCGUCAUCGUCACGUUGAUGAUGUUGAACAUAAGCAAAGGAGCAGAGGCAUGGGUAUUGUGGAUCAAGUGCGGCAACGCAGCAGCAACAGCAGCAGCAUUAACAGCAGCAGCAACAGCACGACGCAGAUGGUGCCGACGCGUGUUGCGCCGCUGUCGAGUGGCAAGGACACCUCAAGACGCGUUCUGUUUUCCGCCACGAAGAGGAAGAAGAAGGCCGCCCACGACCAGCCGCAGUCCUCGUCGUCGUCGUCGUCAUCAUCAUCGUCGUCCUCAUGGCCAUCGUGGUCACGCAAGCAGCAAGGAAAGGGCGGCAAGGGCGAUAUGGGCGCGUCAACGCUGGGCCUGAGUCUUGAAUCCCUGAAACCGCUUGCGAGCUUCUGUGGUAUUCGCAAUCUGGGCAACACGUGCUACCUUGCCUCCACACUCCAGGCGCUUCGCUUUGUCGACACCUUUCGCACCUGCCUCACCCAGUGCACAACCAAGCCCGUGCCCGGCUGCGGUGAGGCCGCCAUCAAGCGCGAAUCAACGUUCCUCGCGGAGCUGAUUGACUUACUUGAUCGCAUGGAGUUCUUGGAGCAGCAGGAGCAGACCAUCUCCCCGAUCACCGCCAUUGAGCAGUUGCAUGUCAGCCCUUCCUCCGUCAAGCGCCAGCUCGGGGUAUCGAAUGCGAGCUUUGACAACGUGUACCAGCACGAUGCGCAGGAGUUUCUCCUGUUUCUUCUGGACGAGCUCGAGCGAGCACAGAAGGCGGCCAUUGCCAGCGCUGCCGUGACCGCGGCGCCGUGCGUGCAGCAGAUGCUCAGCGGCGUCAUAUCGGAGACGACGCGCUGCUGCACGUGCGAGCGGGUGGUGCGACACGAGACCAUGAGCACCGUGCUCACACUCCACUUUCCCGAGUCGCAGGUCACGACGGCGACAACAACGACGACGGAUUGGCGCAUGCAGGACCACCGCACGUUUUCUGUGAUGACGCUGCUCGACCACCACUUUCGCGAGGAGCGACUGGAUGGCGAGAACAAGCGGCACUGCAGCGACUGCGGUGGGAAUCAGGAGGCGACGUGUGUCACCCGUCUCAAGCGCCCACCACGCGUCCUCAUGCUCCACAUCAACAGAUGCACCCGCCCAGGGUUCAAGAUCAAAGCGCCCGUGCAUGCGCCGCCUGUGAUGCGCCUCAAGCCAUUGUGGUUGGACGCGUCCACGCCGCCCCGCUCGUACCGCCUUGCCAGCGUCGUCUUCCACACGGGAUCAAGCGCGGCCAGCGGCCACUACUUUGCCGUUGCGCGCAACCCUGCCCUGGAGGGCAAGCUGCCGCGGAAGAAGGCCCUCUCGCCUCCGCCGCUGCCAGCUUCGACAUUACAUCGGGCGACGACGGCAGCUGCGACACCAAUGCCACGCAUCUCCGCAUUGUCCGCCAGGCAACCAUCUGCAACCGCACCACCGCCAUCGCCACCGCCACCGACACGUCGGUCGUCGUCGUCGUCGUUCGUGUCGCCACCUCGCAUGGCCGCGAGCGCCAAACCCGACGCAUCAUCGCCGCUGUCCAAGUUGGAACAAUCGCGUCCACAGCCCGUGGCAACAACAGCAUCAUCAUCAGCAGCAGCAACAGCAGCAUCAGCAGCAGCAGCAACAGCAGCAUCAUCAACAGCAUCAGGAGCAGCAUUAACAGGAUCAUCAUCGCGUGGCCGUCGUGAUGGCGGUGCGAACCCGUUUACGACGCAGCGCAGUACUGCCACGUCGAAAUUGCGGGCAGCAGGCCUAGGGAGUGCUCAUGGUGGUGUGGGCUCAGCUGCAAAACCAGCAACAGCAGCAGCAACAAACAAGAGCAGCAACAAGAACAGCAGCAGCAGCAGCAGCAGCAAAGGCCAUCGUGAUGCUGGCGGGAGUAUUGUUGUCGGUGAUUCGCCGUUGAAGCGAGCAAAGCGGAGCCAGGUGUCGAAUCCACACACGCGCAUGCGACUGUCGCUUGACGCAUCGCCGCCUAAGCAGCAGAGCGCAUUCAGCCGCAAGCCGAUUGGCGACUUGCUGUCGUCUCGCAUGCGCGGUGCAACGUCCAAGAACAUUGUGCUCUCGAACAAUCCGCUCGGCCGCCCGCUCGGCGCUCUUGGCCGCACGACAACACCGUCGUCAUCAUCAUCGUCGUCACCGUUGGCUUCCUCCCGGGUCUCGAGCAACAAAGAGAACCAGCGUGGCGGAGAUGGCCUCACCUCAUCGUCUUCAUCAUCGUCGCGAAAGGGCCGCGGGUUUGGACUCAAGGGCGGUUGGGACCUGCGGCUACGUGGCGGCGGGUACUCCAAGCUGCUGCCAUCGUCGUCGUCGUCGCCAAGCAAGAGAGCAAACGACACUGGCAAGAACAGCGCCAACGCUGAUGGCGGUGACAGCGGUGAUGGCGAUGUGACCCCGCAGCCAGCGCCCGUGCACGCGAGCCAGCGGCGAUGGCUGCAGCUGAAUGACAGCGAGGUGACAUACCUGUCGCAGCCCGAAUUUGAUGCAAUGAUGAAGAAGAGUGGCACCAAGGCCGAGGCAUACCUCAUCUUCUACGAGGCCAUUGACGAAUGA